AUAAUUUUCCCUUGUUUGGUUCAAUUUUUUGUAGGAGGAAGGAUUGAAAAUUUCCCUUCAAAUCCCUCCUUCAAGGGAAAAUCUCCUCCCCUCCAUAAAAUGACUAUAUUAUCCUUUAUGUAUAAAUUAUUUUAUUAUUUUGUUUCUUACAUCAUUAAGGAUAUAAUUGUCAUUUCUACAAUAUUUUUCUUCCCCUCCAUUAUUCUAACCAAACAAGGUUUACCAUUUUCCCUCCACUCCCCUCCUACAAAAUCCCUCCAAAUCCCUCCAAACAAGAUAAAAUUAUUUUACAUCCCUCCCCUCUCCUUCCUUCCAUUAAAAUCCCUCCUUUGCCCUCAGUUGAACCAAACAUAGAAAAUUGACAUAAAAAUUGUUUUGUCAAUCGACUUUCUGUCUCCCCUUUUCGAAUCACUAUUGCAAUUUUUACCAGCGAAGAUGAAAAUCUUCACUUCAAUCUGCAAAGCCCUCCGCAAUUCCUCCACCAAACCGCGACCCACCGGCGCCGUCCCGCCGUCCAUCCUCCGCCGCAUGAGCAAUGUCCCCGAGAACACCGUCUACGGCGGCCCGAAGCCCCAGAACCACACCCAGCGGGUGACGCUCACCCACCUCCGGCAGAAGCACAGGAAGGGCGAGCCCAUCACCAUGGUCACGGCCUACGACUACCCGGCCGCCGUGCACCUGGACACCGCCGGCGUCGACAUCUGCUUGGUCGGCGACUCGGCAUCCAUGGUGGUCCACGGCCACGACACCACCCUGCCCAUCACGCUGGAGGAGAUGCUCGUCCAUUGCCGCGCGGUGGCGCGUGGGGCCAAGCGCCCGAUGCUCGUCGGGGACCUGCCGUUCGGGACCUACGAGUCCAGCACGCAUCAGGCUGUUGACACAGCCGUGAGGGUCUUGAAGGAAGGUGGGAUGGAUGCUAUUAAGCUGGAAGGUGGGGCCCCUUCAAGAAUCACUGCAGCCAAAGCUAUAGUCGAGGCUGGUAUUGCCGUGAUGGGCCAUGUGGGACUUACACCUCAGGCCAUUAGUGUUCUCGGAGGUUUCAGGCCCCAGGGCAGAAAUGUCGAUAGUGCAGUCAAGGUUGUGGAGACUUCAAUGGCCUUGCAAGAGGCGGGAUGUUUUGCUGUUGUGUUGGAAUGUGUUCCUCCGCCUGUGGCUGCAGCCGCAACUUCGGCUCUUCAUAUCCCUACCAUUGGCAUAGGGGCUGGGCCUUUUUGCAGUGGUCAGGUUUUGGUUUACCACGACCUUCUCGGGAUGUUACAGCACCCGCACCACGCGAAGGUGACUCCAAAGUUCAGUAAACAGUACGCGCGCGUGGGGGACGUGAUCAACAAGGCCCUCGUUGAGUACCGAAAAGAAGUCACGGACGGCACUUUUCCGGGCCCGGCCCACAGCCCGUAUAAAAUCAGCAAAGCUGACACAAACGGGUUUUUGCAGGCACUGGAGAAAAUGGGUUUGGGUGAUGCUGCAUCAGCAGCAGCAGAUGCAGCUGAAAAAUUUGAAGCCACUGAAAAAUGACGAGAUAUAGAGAGAUUAGUGUUUAGUUUUUGCUCGACCGUGUUUUGUAGAGCCAAUGGAGAGCUUUCGAAGGCUGUGAAAUGGCAUGUUUGUAGAAGUAGAUUGAUGCUCUUUCUAACGAAUCUGACAUUUGAGUGUGUGAUCAAGUGUUUUCACUAAACAUUUAAUGUUAAGUUUGAUCAUCAGAUCAAACCCAUGGAAGAAAUAGACAUCUGAACAUUGACUGGACUAAUCAACUAUAAAAUAGUUUCUUUUUUAA